AUGACUAGAGGGUAUCUUGAGUAUCAAAUACCUAAAAGUCAGCAUUCAGAAAGAUUUGGAUCUGAGCACAAAUCACUUGUCACAUCUAAGUUUCCAUGUAUAAGCUCCCCUAUGCCCCAUGUUAAACAGUGCCAUUUCAUAACAGAUCAGGAUGCCGGUGGUCUGUGCAAGGGUUCUGUCACCCGCUCAAAAAACAAGUUCAUACUAAUGAGAAGUCUCCUUCACAGCAUGGUGUUAAAAAUUGCCAACUGUGCCAAAUCAGAUCAGUUAGCUCAAUCUAAUGUUGAAGAAGUAUCAAAAAUUGCUUCAUGGCUGUGGAAGAGAAACCAAGGACCGUUCCAAUCUUACCAUGCGUUACUGGCUGUCUUCGAAGAACAUAAAACAUUUGACAAACCUACCACCCAACUAACAAAGCAAAGCCUGAUUGAUAAAAUAGGAAAACAGUGCAUACCAUCAACCUACAGUUACGAAACGCUGACCAAUGGGGCACACAGUACAGCCAUGGAGAGCAAGAAAACGUACAAGGCGUUCUGUGGCAGAUUCUCUCUCAAGGAGGCUACAGGUAGGGUCAGGAAGAAGAAACCUAUACAAACCUUUGCCCUACGUUCCAAUAAUAUUGAAGAUAUUUUUUCGUGGGAGGAUUCUACCCUUUUGCUUUGA